CCUGCAUGCUUGUUUAAACACAAGCUGUUCCUUCAGUAAACUUCAAGUGAGUUCAUAACUGAGUUCAAGCUUUCAAAGGUGCAGCAAGGGCCUAUUGUGAACAGAUCCUGGACUGCUAUGGAUUUUAGUACCAUUGGAGUGACUCUUAUAGCCUUUGUGUUGACUGUGCUGCUGUAUGUGCGCUCUUGGAAGAGUAAGCUGAUGUACCGCAAGCUCCCUCCCGGUCCUCCCGCCCUCCCGUUUCUAGGGAAUGCCUUGCAGAUAGACAAGAGAGCUCCUGAUCAUUCUCUUAUGAAGUUGGCCAAGAAGUAUGGUUCAGUGUUCACUGUCUGGCUUGGACCACGUCCUGCAGUGGUGUUGUGCGGCUAUGAAACCGUGAAGGAAGCAUUAGUCAAUCGAGCAGAUGAUUUUGGAGCCAGAGGAACAGUCCCAUCAAUCAGGAAGAUCACAAAUGGAUAUGGAAUUGCCAGCAGCAAUGGGCACCGCUCACUCCAGCUUCGGAAUUUUGCUAUCAAGAUGCUGAAAAAUUUUGGGAGAGGAUCCAAGACGCUGCAGAGUUUCGUCCAGCAAGAGGCAGAGUGCCUGGUGGAAGUCUUCCGGAGAACUGAAGAGUCACCCUUUGACCCCACGUUCCAUUUGACCUGCGCCACCGCUAACAUAAUGUGUGCCGUUGUCUUUGGGAACCGGUUCGAUUAUACAGAUAAGAAUCUGCUCACUCUGCUGGACAUGAUCACAGAAAACAUGAGAGUCAUUAGCAGCCCCUGGGGGCAGCUGUACGAUUUACUUCCAAGCCUUUUGGAUCACCUCCCAGGCCCUCACAACAGGCUUUUCGAAAAUGCGGCUAAAAUAAAAGGUUUCCUGAGAGAAAUGAUCCAAAAUCACAAAGACACACACACCAAAGACAGGCCCCAGGAUUUCACUGCUAGUUUCCUCGCCAAAAUGAAAGAGGAGGAAGACAACCCCAAAUCUGAAUUCAACGAUGAAAACCUUCUUCUGUCCACAUUUAACAUAUUUCUGGCUGGGACAGACACCACCAGCUCCACCAUGAGAUGGGGAUUCCUGCUAUUCCUGAAGUACCCAGAUGUCCAGGAAAAGAUUCAAAAUGAGAUUGAUGAGGUGAUCGGGUCUGAACGCACACCCACCAUGGAAGAUAGAGAGAAGAUGCCUUACACCAGUGCAGCUAUCUGUGAGGUCCAGCGAUAUUCCAACAUUAUCCCAUUAAAUCUCCCACACACAGUGAUGAGAGACACAGAGUUCAAGGGAUUCACAAUUCCAAAGGGAAUGAUUGUCAUCCCUCUCCUUACAUCUGUUUUGUACGACUCCAGUUGUUGGGAGAAUCCAAAAUCAUUCAACCCAGAUCGUUUUCUGGAUGAGAAAGGACAAUUCAAGAAAAAUGAAGCUUUCAUGCCAUUUUCAUCAGGGAACCGCAUGUGCAUCGGUGAGACUGUAGCUCAGAUGCAGCUGUUCCUGUUCCUCACAGCCCUGCUGCAGAACUUCACCUUGAGAUCCCCGGCAGAUCCACACAUCAUCGAUAUCAGCCCGCUGUCCAGUGGUUUCUCAACCCUACAUCGGCCAUACCAGCUGUAUUGCGUUCCUCGCAAAUCAGCAUGAGACACAGCCAGCGAGUGAUGCAUUUUUGAGGAAAAGAAAGCCACAUGAUCAGUAGCUCGAAAUGACCCUCACAACAUUAUGGUACAAGAAACUAGCUUUUUCAAAAUAAUUUGUUUUUAGGAUGGGGACAGUUGGAGUCACCUGUUCACUCUAGUCAACUUGUUAGUGUGACACUGGACUGGACCAGACAGGAACGCAACAGCUUCACUUCUCUGAAGGACAAUGAACAAGUUGGUUCUACACAACUAAUAGCAAUAUCACUGAAAUAACUUCCACUCUUUAAACGUGUCAAAAUGUUAUCUUGAAUGAAAAAGAUAUGAAAAGUUAUUUGAAGGUUUUCAUGGUGAGAAGAGUAACAUUACAGAAGACAAAUUUUCUCUUAUGUCACAUUCAAUGUUCUCUGAAUAAAGCAGUUGCUACCUUACAAGAUUUCCUUAGCAGGACUCGUAGACCUGAACAUUUCUGGCAGCAUACUCUACCCAUCACCUGAAACAAUGAUGGAACUGGUGAAAGAGGUAUAACAUCAAAGAUCCAGCUGCAGGCAGUGAGCCAUGGAGGGGGUCAUUGCACCCAGCUGCCUGCUUGUCUUCUGUGGUUACACCCACACCCACACCCACACCUAGCCAUCCUUAGAGAAGGCAGUACAGGGUAUGCAUCAGGACACUUCAGACCUUCUGCAAUAGGUAGGCAUCACAUGGGAUGGAGUGCAUCAUCACACUAAACAAUGAUAUUUUAAGCUCGGUGAUGUGAUUUUUGAUACAAUGGCUGCCUGCUGUCAGAGGAACAGAUAUUGUAGGGCUGGAGGAGGCAAUAGAAAAAGGAAGGGAAUGAGAUCACAAAACAAUUUGAACAUGAGCAUGAAGCUGUGGUGUUGAGUAGCUGAAAGCUAAACUGGCCAGCAAGAAGUGCAGAAGGCACCAGGUCAGGACACAGUAAUCUGGGGUUUAGAAUGGGUGGAAUAUGGAGUUAAUUGGGGGAAGCAUGAUGGUCAAAAAGGCAUUGAUGAGAGUUUUAGCAGUACAUAGGCUGGAUAGACCCAGACAUUAUGCAGCUGGAAGUAUGUAGUCUUUCAGAUGGAAUAGAUUUGCAGUUGGAAGCUCAAUUUGACUUUCAAACAGAAAAUCAAGGUUGCAAUGACAACAGUUCAUUCAACUUGAGGCAGUUGCUAGGAAAGCGAUCAACAGAUAGGAAUAUGUGACUAGUAAAUUUAAGUGCAAGUAGGAACUGGGUUACUUCAGCUUCAUGGGUUAGGUUGGAUGUGAUGCAAAUAAAGAUGCUAUAAAGUUUUUUGCAUGAUAGAAUUAGCUUCACUGCUUCUGGAAGGCUUCUCCACUCCCGUGAGCUUAUGUCAGUAAAUCAAGCAAUUGUUUAUUUCUAAUGCCAAACCCAUCAAGGUAUCUCUAGAAUUAAAAUUUGCAACCUGAAAUAAUUCCUUUGGCAUAACAGAAUUGAUCCAACUUCUUCAGCAGUUUCUCAUGCAGCUGGAUCUGUUCAGUGAGUACUUUGCCUACUUUGAGGAAAUGUAUGUUAUCAAUUUUCUAAAAAUGAUACUUUGUUCUUUGAUUUGAACUCUAGAAAUAUUGUGUCUUACCACCACUGUGUAAUUAUAUUGCUCAUAAAUAAAUCCAACUUUUAGCCUGA